UAGGUGGCAGUAUGGACCUCAGCUUUCUGUUGGACUACGACUUAUUGACAGGAUGGAGAGGACUGAAAACAAUAUUGGCAAGUGAGAGGAGGUGAGAUGGGAAUCCAUAUUUUAAUAACAGCAGCAAAGAACUGUGAGGACUUUUGACAUCAUGGAGGUUGUGGUUGGCAUACUAAAUGUUUUCCACAAUGAAGCCAGUGGAUGGUCCGUCACACUCAGCCUAUUCCUUGUCUUCCUUGGUCUUCUCUAUUGGUAUUCAGUUUACCCCUUUUCAGUGCUCUCUCAAUGUGGCAUCAAGCAUCCAAAGCCAAUACCUUUCUUUGGAAACAUAUUCCUGUUUCGCCAGGGUUUUUACAAGCCUAUCAAUGAUAUCAUAAAGACACAUGGCAGAGUUUGUGGGUAUUAUUUGGGCCGCAGACCAGUGGUGGUGGUCGCAGACCCUGACAUGCUCAGACAAGUGUUGGUCAGGGACUUCAGCAGCUUCUCAAACCGAAUGAUUUUUCGCUUUGCAACUAAGCCCAUCUCUGACAGUCUGGUCUCGCUGAAGAAUGAACACUGGAAGAGAGUGCGGAGCAUCCUGACCCCAACAUUCAGCGCUGCCAAGAUGAAAGAGAUGGUUCCGCUCAUCAACACAGCCACCGAUGCCCUGAUGAACAACUUGAAUGUUUACGCUGAGUCAGGAGAAGCCUUUGACAUUCACAAGUGUUUUGGCUACUUCACCUUAGACGUUAUUGCCAGUGUGGCAUUCGCAAUUCAGGUGGACUCUCAGAACCACCCGGAUGAUCCGUUUGUCCACCAUGCGCAUAUGUCCCUCUCGUUUUCUUUCUUCAGUCCCAUCAUGAUGUUUUUCAUUGCUUUUCCAUUCAUUGCGGCUCCUCUCGUGGGACUCAUCCCCGACAAAAGACGAGACCAGGUGAAUCAGUUCUUCAUCAACAGUAUUCAGAAGAUCAUCAAGCAGAGAGAGGAGCAACCUCCUGAACAGAGACGUCGAGACUUCCUUCAGCUGAUGCUGGAUGCACGAACUAGCAAGGAGUUAGUGUCUCUGGAACACUUUGACACAGCAAACUCUGCUGGUGAGUUCAAUCACAGGAACCAGCAGACACAACCGUCGGCCUCUGAUCAGGAACACCCACAUGAGCCACCCACCAGGCGUCCACAGAAAAAGAUGAUGACUGAGGAUGAGAUCGUGGGUCAGGCUUUUGUCUUUCUUCUGGCGGGGUACGAAACCAGCAGCAACACGUUGGGUUUCACCUGCUACCUCCUGGCAAUCCACCCCGAAUGUCAAUGCAAAGUAAAGGAAGAGGUGGAUGAUUUCUUCACCAGACAUGAGUCACCUGAUUACACAAACGUCCAGGAGCUGAAGUAUUUAGAUAUGAUUAUAAGUGAAGCAUUGCGCCUCUAUCCCCCUGGAUUCAGGUUUGCGAGAGACAUCGAACAAGACUGCGUGGUGAACGGCCAGUUCCUCCCUAAAGGAGCAUCGCUGGAGAUCCCAGCAGGUUUCCUCCACCACGACCCAGAGCACUGGCCAGAGCCUGAGAAGUUCAUCCCAGAGCGAUUCACACCAGAGGCCAAGGCUAGUCGCCAUCCAUUUGUAUACCUGCCGUUUGGUGCUGGUCCCCGUAACUGUGUGGGAAUGAGGCUUGCGCAACUGGAAAUCAAGAUGGCUCUUGUGCGUCUGUUCCAAAAGUUCAGCAUCGUGGCCUGCUCUGAGACCAAGGUCCCUCUUGAGUUGAAGUCGUCAAGCACUCUAGGACCUAAGAAUGGCAUAUUUGUGAAACUUGAAAAAAGACGCUUCGAAGAAGGUCAAGGGAAUUCUACACCAGAAAAUUAGAAAGUCACAGUUCAUCUUCUUGGAUGGUAUAUUUAAAAAAAAUACAAAUCAUUCUGCAGAUCCAUGUUGAGACAAAGACAAUUGGAUCUGGAUUUUUUCUGGAGACUCUGUAUAACUCGACCACAGUGCUCAUAUAGUGCCUUUCUUUCUCAGGGAGUGAACUGGAAAGUGGACUGAUGUUGCACAGAACUGAUAGACUGUAAUAAUAAUAAGUAUAGUAUAAUAAGUAUGAUUGAUCCAAUUGUCACCUGUCCAGUCAGGCACGGUAGAGAGGACACAUUUUAGGCACUUUUUAACUUUGUGUUGAUAGUUUCAUCAAUUGUUUUGGUGAUAAAUAAUAAGAAGCAGAGAGGGAGAUGGAGGACGUAUGAAUAAAGAGAGAAGAGAAGACAGGAAAAGAAAUGUGCUCUGCCUAACAGAGAGCAGCCAUCAGCCUCUUAUCACUGUAUAUAUAGCAAUAUUUCUACUGUUUAAGUGGUGAACAUUUUGAACAGGUUACAGGUUACAACACUGCCCUGUCAUGAAAGGUUAUUAUCUUAACUUUUUUUUUUCAUUAACCGUUAAUCUGAUCAAUGGUUUAAUUUCACUUUCAUCAGGUUACUGUUUUUCUUCCUCCUUACAUUGUGUGAUUCUGUUAUUAAUGUGUGAGUGAAUUUAGGGUUUUAAUUGAUUUUAUGGUCUUCACAAGUUACUGCAGUUAUUUGAAUGAACAGAAAGGCAGAAAUUUAUUGUACAAAGUGUACUAAAAUGCAAUAAUGAUGAGGUGAGCCUACAGAACCAGUCCAGGCAGAAAAAAAUGAAUUUGAGUAUGCUGAAGACUUUGUUUGAUGAUUAAACAACUGAAAGCUGCUAUUUUAGAGUGAAACGUAGUUUCUGAAAGAACUUUUUUUCCUUAUCACCUGAGUCAGUGUAUAUUAGGUGUCCCCAACUAGCUCACAUUCCUUGGGUGCAACUUAUGUGUAGGAAUAAAAUCAUUUUAUCACUUUUCUCUUGA